ACGUGUUUACCUCCAGUGUCGUGGUGUUACAUACAGUGGUGUUUAGGUUUAGUGUUAUAGACAGUAAUGAUGAUGUUGAGUCGUGUGUUAUAUAAAGUGGUGUUUAGUGUUCUAUACAGUGAUCUUUAGUGUUCUAUACAGUGUUGGUCUUGUGUGUUAUAGACAGUAAUGAUGAUGUUGAGCCGUGUGUUAUAUACAGUGGUGUUUAGUGUUCUAUACAGUGUUGGUCUUGUGUGUUAUAGACAGUAAUGAUGAUGUUGAGUCGUGUCUUGUCCUUUACUCGUCCUGGAGGUUCAGUAAAUAUCAGAAACACUCAGCCCUUCAUCUGUAACUCCACGUAUUUGUGUCAGAUCUCUUGGAGAAAGUUCGCUAAUGUUCCAAACCCAACAGGAGAAUUAGAUGAUGUCCAGUUUGGGGAUCAUUCUGGAAGCUUCUCGUCCAGGAUGAGUUACCUGAAGUCCUCUGCAGAGUUACAGGACUCUAAACACACAGACGCUGAAGUGGAGCAGGACGAACCGGACCCGAACUUCCGGCCCAGAACCAAGAGUAACACACCGUACUGGUACUUACUGCAGUGCAAAAAACUACUGAAGAAACACAAAUUAUCCGAGGCAUUGGCGCUGUUUGAGAUGGAGAUGCUGAAAGUGGAGCGACUGCAGCCGGAGGAAUAUAACUACACGGUGCUGAUUGGAGGAUGUGGACGAGCAGGAUACAUCAAAAAAGCCUUUAAACUUUACAAUGAUAUGAAGAAGCGAGGUUUGGAGCCAUCAGACGCCUCGUACACUGCUCUGUUCAACGCUUGUGCUGAGUCUCCAUGGAAACAGUCAGCUCUGGAGCAGGCGCUAAAGCUACGUCAGGAACUGAACAGGAAGAACAUCCCUCUCAACGCCAUUACCCAUCAUGCACUGCUCAAAACGCUGGCACGGGCCGGAGACCUGAAGGCUUGUUUUCAAGUGCUGCGGGAGAUGCUUCAGAGCAGACAGGCCAUCACACAAGAGACAUUUCAGUACUUGUUGAUGUGCUGCGUGGAGGACAAAGAGCAGGGCUUCAGACUGGCACUACAGGUUUGGCACCAGAUGCUUAGUGCUGGUAUAAAACCAGAUGCUCAGAACUAUAACAUCCUCCUUCGUGCUGCAAGGGAUUGUGGGAUUGGUGAUCCUGCCUUGGCUUCUACAUUACUCCUGAGGGGGAGGGAGGAGACACAGCUCACAGCUCAGGGUAAAGGUCAGAGGUCGAGGCUGAGAGAGAGGACCCGGUGUGACCCGGAGCCGUUAGACGUGGACGCGUUAGAGAGGCGUGUUCUGUCCGGCACGCCGUCUGAUCUCACGCAGUCGACUCUUCACUCGGACUCGACACAAACUCAGCCGAUUCCCGUUUCCUCGUCAUCACGUCUGACACUAGCGAUAAAAUCAGCGUCGACGUCGCAGUCAGUUCCGAACCUGCUGGACCCGAGUACCUGUCACUCAGACGUGGUCGCCUUGGCGACAGCAAGCACCGCGUCUGAUCGGCUGGCCCUGAUCGGAAACCUCGACGGCUUUCUGAACAAAAUGUUUAGCGAUGGCUUGAAGCCCAGCAUCAAGACUCUCACGCUGUUGGCUGACGUGACGGAGCCCAGCAGCCAAUCAGUACGCAGCCUGAUGGAUGUGGCCAAACAGAGCGGAGUCCGGCUGGAUGUGGGUUUCUUCAACACGCUCAUCAGGAGAGCUGCGAGAGCCGGAGACGUGGAGGGAGCCAAGGCCCUGAAGGCGCUCAUGCUGGAGAGGAAGCUGCAUGUAAACACUCAGACCUUCUGCAGCUUGGCUCUGGCCUGUCGCACACAGAGGGACGGACUCCAGCUCCUCACUGACAUGCAGGCCUGCAGUGUGAGAGCGAACGCUCACGUGUUCAGCGCUCUGAUUGGUCAGGCCACACGCCGUCUGGACUACGUCUGGCUGCACGAGCUGCUGCACCAAAUGCACCAGUUACAGGUUGCACCCAAUGAUGUCAUCAUCAAUCAGCUGGAGUUUGCGUCACGGUACCCGCCCACCUACGACCAGUAUAAAACCAAGAAGACAUAUUUGGAAAAGAUCAACGGGUUCCGUGGUUUUUAUAAGCAGUGGCUGGAGUUCAUGCCUGCACAAGAGACGCCGCCCCCCUGGGAGAAACAUCACGAACCUGAGACAGAGAUCCAGCAGGUCGGAGUGGAGUCACGUCGUGGGAGCGAUAAACCGAGUCGAGUCAGCUGAGCUGAUUCAUGACACGUCGAAUCAAUUAAAGUGUUUA